AUGACAGCUCCAACAAGAAGAGUGAUUCUUUCAUUUUCCACUCAGAUCCUUGUGCAAAUCUGUUACUUGAGUUGCUCAGCAAGUGCAGCUAUCCAUUUGACAGAAUCGUCUGGUCUGUUGAACAAACCAUAUCAUGACAGUUGGUACAAACAUUCUGGGACAAUUGAACCAAAUGCAAGAGACAACCUUGAGGUAUAUUUGGACAAGACCCUUGAGGAAAGGAAAAACUCUGAGCCUUUUGUUACUUCUUCUGCUGCUCUCAAUGAUGAUUCUGUUAAAUUGAUUAACAAGAUGUUACAGUCUGGAAGUGAAACUUGGGCUAAAACCCUUGAAGAGAUUAUGAAGAAUAAACCGUCAUACAAGAUAGAAGAUUUUUGGAAAUUCAUUAGUCAACUUUCAGACUUCAUGCCAACAUCAGCACUUCAGGUAACUUUGUUUGAAGUAGUCAAAGCAGAAGAAAAAGUUUUCAAACAGAAAGGGGAUAAAUUUCUAUCACCUAUAAGAAAUGUGUUAAAUGAAGUAUUUGAUAGAUGUGCAGCUAAAAUGAAAGAGCAUGUUGGUGCACUAAAACAAAAAGAUAAAACUCAAGAAGUACAGGACAUUUUCACCAGAACUGGGCAAGAAAAAAUGGGAGAAUAUGGAAUUCGCCUGGAGGGACAGUACUCUGUUGAUCAAGAGGCUGUACUGUAUAGAAACUGGGCUUCAUGUCCCCUCAAGAGAAUUUUGGAGAUCCAAGCCAUUCAGGUCAGCUCCAUAGAUAUGGAAGAAAUAUCUACCAUGGGCAUCACUGUGAUGCCUGAUGAUAUCAGGCCUCAUUUUGAGAAUUGGAUGGGUUCAGAUGUUCAAGGUCUGAAAGAGGAAUUUGUAGAUUAUAUUAAGUCUUUAGACAAUAGUGGAUUAGAACAUUUUAAGGCUCUUCAAUCACAACUCAGCUAUGGUUUAUCUAGUGUUUCCCCUAGGAAUCCAAAAGACAUCAAGAAAGUUUUUGUUUUUUGGGCUAAUUACAUGCCAUUCUAUCUUCAAAUCAAAACUAGUAAAGAUACAUGGGAUUACCUCUAUGUUAUGGAGAACUUGAUUUUGGAUGAAAUAGAGGACAAAGACUUGGAUCUUCUCAUGAAAGAAUUCAUCAUGAUUCAAACUUCUCCUAUCAUUCAACAAAACAUCAUCAUCAGCUUUCUGGAAUUUCUUGUGGACAAAAGUAAAAGUCUCAAAAGGAUUGCUGAAUUUGAUCUAUCAAGCAUCAGAGACAUUGAAGAAGCAAAGCAAACAAGGCACAAUAAUCCAAGGGCGCUCAAGUGA